AUGGCUACUUUAGAAGAACUAGACGCUCAAUCAUUACCAGGUGAUGAUGAGUUAGAUCAAGAGAUCUUGAACUUAAGUGCACAAGAUCUUCAUACCAGAACAAGAUUAUUAGAAAACGAAAUCAGGAUUUUUAGAUCUGAAUUACAAAGAUUAUCUCAUGAAAACACAGUGAUGGUUACAAAGAUUAAAGAAAAUAAAGAAAAGAUCAAAAACAAUAGACAAUUACCUUACUUGGUGGCUAAUGUUGUAGAAAUCAUGGAUAUGAAUGAAUUAGAUGAUAAAGAUAAUAAUGAAUCGACUACUCAGGGUGGUAAUGUUAAUUUAGACAAUACUGUUAAGGGUAAAGCUGCUGUUGUGAAAACAUCUUCUAGACAAACAGUAUUCUUACCAAUGGUGGGUCUUGUAGAUCCAAAUAAAUUAAAACCAAAUGAUUUAGUUGGUGUUAAUAAGGAUUCCUAUUUAGUUUUAGAUACUUUACCAUCCGAAUUCGAUUCUCGUGUCAAAGCUAUGGAAGUAGAUGAAAAACCUACUGAAAAUUAUUCCGAUGUGGGUGGGCUAGAUAAACAAAUUGAAGAACUAGUGGAAGCAAUCGUAUUACCAAUGAAACGUGCCGACAAAUUUAAAGAAUUAGGUAUUAGAGCUCCUAAGGGUGCAUUAAUGUAUGGUCCUCCAGGUACAGGUAAGACAUUAUUAGCUAGAGCAUGUGCCGCUCAAACUAAUGCCACUUUCUUAAAAUUGGCAGCCCCACAAUUAGUUCAAAUGUUCAUUGGUGAAGGUGCAAAAUUGGUUCGUGAUGCAUUUGCUUUGGCUAAAGAAAAAGCUCCUACUAUUAUAUUUAUCGAUGAAUUGGAUGCUAUUGGUACUAAGCGUUUUGAUUCAGAAAAAUCUGGUGAUAGAGAAGUUCAAAGAACAAUGUUAGAAUUAUUAAAUCAAUUGGAUGGGUUUGGUUCAGAUGAUCGUAUAAAAGUAUUAGCGGCAACAAAUAGAGUUGAUGUUUUAGAUCCUGCAUUAUUAAGAUCAGGUAGACUAGAUAGAAAAAUUGAAUUUCCACUUCCAACAGAAGAUGCAAGAGCACAAAUUUUACAAAUUCAUUCUAGAAAGAUGACAACCGAUGAUGAUAUUAAUUGGCAAGAAUUAGCAAGAUCCACUGAUGAAUUUAAUGGGGCUCAAUUGAAAGCAGUUACAGUGGAAGCUGGUAUGAUUGCCCUAAGGAAUGGUCAAUCAUCUGUUAAACAUGAAGAUUUUGUCGAGGCUAUUGGUGAAGUUCAAGCCAGAAAAUCAAAGUCUGUGUCGUUCUAUGCAUAA